CUUCUUCCUUCUAUUUCUCAUCUUGAUGUCUCUCUUUCCCUUUUUCUUUACCUAUGCAACAGUAAUGCGUGCUGUAAAAAGCGCAACCGUUUUGUUUUCGUCGUUUCACUCAAAGAAGUCCCUUGCGUUUUUGUUUCUUCUUUUCUUAUCGGCUUCAGUUUAAGUUUGUACUGAUUUUCUGAAGAAGAGGCACCAUUUCAUCAAAAACCAAAGUGAUCCGAUUUACUGCUGUGGAUUCUGUUGCUGCUGCUGCUUAUGCACCAGUAUCAUUACCACAGACACCUGCUAGUCUUAAUUUUACUUCUUUAAACCAUUACCGACUCCCUUCAGGAUCUUAACAUGGAAACUCAGCCGCAAACACAACGAAUUAAAACAGCAGUAUCUGCUCUCUGCAAAAUCCCGUUGCUCUUUGUGCUCCUUUACCUCUUUGUGUGCUCCCUUGAUAUUUUGAGCUCUGCGUUCCAACUAGCUGGAGGUAGGGUAGCAGGAGAUAUCUUCCAGGAAAAUUCCAUCCUGUCUAACCCAGUGGCAGGACUGGUGGUGGGAAUACUGGUGACAGUGUUAGUGCAGAGCUCCUCUACUUCUACCUCCAUCAUCGUCAGCCUCGUCUCCUCUGGUUUGCUGGAUGUUCAGUCAGCUGUUCCUAUCAUCAUGGGCUCCAACAUUGGAACAUCAGUCACCAAUACAAUUGUUGCCCUAAUGCAGGCUGGGGAGAGAGAUGAGUUUGAAAGGGCCUUUGCUGGAGCUACAGUCCACGACUGCUUUAACUGGCUGUCCGUGUUGGUGCUUCUCCCUCUGGAGGCUGCGAGCGGGCUGUUAAGGCGAGCGUCACGGGCUGUGGUUGAUACACUACAGCUCAGUACUGAAGAAGCUCCUGAACUUCUUAAAGUCCUCACCGAGCCACUGACUAAAGUUAUUAUUCAGCUGGAUCGGUCAGUCAUUACAGCCAUCGCUAUAGGAGACCAGAGUGUGAGGAACAAGAGCCUGGUGAAGAAAUGGUGUCAAACCAAAACCAUGGACAAUCAAACAUCCUGGGGAACACACAACCUUUCAGAACACACACAGAAAUGUAAGCAUCUCUUUGUGGACUGUUCUCUGUCAGACUUAGCCAUAGGUCUGAUCCUCCUCGCUUGCUCCCUGUUGGUGCUCUGCAGCUGUCUGAUACUGCUGGUCAAACUGCUCAACUCCCUGCUGAAAGGCCAGGUGGCCAGUGCUAUUAAUAAAAUUGUUAAUACAGAUUUCCCCUUCCCUUUUACCUGGCUGGCAGGUUAUAUGGCUCUGUUAGUGGGAGCAGGUAUGACGUUUUUGGUUCAGAGUAGCUCUGUCUUCACUUCUGCCAUCACUCCUCUCAUAGGGAUUGGUGUGAUCAGUAUUGAAAGGGCCUACCCUUUAACCCUGGGGUCAAACCUUGGAACCACGACAACAGCGACACUGGCAGCCCUGGCUAGUCCAGGAGACAAGCUAGCUGCUGCCACACAGGUUGCUUUAUGUCAUUUUUUCUUUAACCUCUUUGGUAUCCUGCUGUGGUAUCCCAUACCAGCCACCCGCUUACCCAUACGUAUGGCCUGUGGCCUUGGCAAAUGCACUGCCAGGUACCGCUGGUUUGCUGUUUUGUACCUUCUUGUCUGCUUCCUGCUAUUCCCAUCCCUCGUGUUUGCCCUCUCCAUGGCUGGGUGGAAGGUGAUGGCCGGGAUUGGUGUACCAGUAAUUAUACUGAUUAUAUCUGGAGCAACAGUGAACAUUCUCCAGGUGCGUAGACCAGAUUGUUUGCCACUUCAACUGCAGAACUGGGACUUUCUUCCUGUCUGGAUGACCUCGCUGCAACCCCUUGAUGACCUCAUCACCAGGGUGACCUUGUUGUGCAGACAAGGAAGAGGUUGUAAGUCCAGGCGAAAUGGACAAGAAACAUCACUGGAGGGCAUUACUGUCAACCCUGAGAGAAAAGGGACAGAAAAAUGGCAGCAGAGUCAGGAAGGGCAAGAGAUUGAUAAACACUGCCAGAAGCAAACCGUACUGGACAAAGCAGAAAAUUGUGAUCUACAUUGCAGUCAGGAAAGCAACAGAGACUACACAGCAACCAACAUGACUUUAGAGAACAAUAUAUUCAACUUGGCUACAGUGUGCAACCAGAGUAGUCAGCUGAGCAGCACUUACUUGUAGUGCUUUACAGGAGUAUUUGAGUGUCUACAUGAAUUUAAAGAUCUUAAUUGACAUCAUCCCUGAAAAAGUGUGAAUGCUGAAAAAGCACAUACAUGUAAUUGUGAGGAUAUGUACUGUAUAUUUAAAUGUCUGCUCUCACAUCAGUAAGGUAUGAAUAGUUAAUAAAUAACAUGUUGGUGUCUUGGCACCAUACAGAAAGAUAAUUAUUUAUAGGUUAGCUUUAAUUUUACACAAUGUACACAAGAUGACAGGAUGACUUUGUUUUUUCCAGUGUAAGCUUUCUGUGUAGAGAUUUGCACAGAUAACUGCUUGAGGUUUGACAUUGCUUUGAAUGGUGCAUUUUUUUUGUUAUGAUAAAGUAUUUAAAAUUUUAAAUCUGUGUUGGAAAAAAGUGCAAUAGCACUGGUGUGUUGUUAUUGGCUCUGGUCAUCUGUUCUUAUAAUAAAUUAACAGGUUAUCGAAAAGUGUCAUGUCAGUUGACUUGAACACAAAUGAGGGUGCUGCCUAAAAUACAAUCCAAUUUAUAGUGCUUUUUGUAAGCGCUGACCUUUACUGACUCAUUUGGAAAGAGUCAUGUUCGGCUGUGUUUACAGCAGAGAGGAGAGUCUCUUCUAGAGCCGUGAGUGUUUCAAACCUGGAGGGAAAAAUUUGUGUGGUUUCUAAGUGUCAGGCUCACCCAAAACUGCAGCAUGUGUUGCAAUAUGUGAGAAUGUUUACAGACACAGAUUUGUGGUAGUAAUGUGUAGCAUAUAAAAGGCUUUUAAUACAUAGUUUAUAAAAAACCAAAAAACUUACAGGUCUCCAAGCACGGAUGUUGAAACCAUUUGUUUUUUUUAAAAAUCACUGUGAAUAUAUAUAUAAAAUUAUCCCUCCAUUAGCAGUUGUAGCAGUAGUUGUAGUUUCUGUGUCUACAUCUUUAAGAACAAACCUUCUAAAGAGCCUACUUAGUUCAAUCUGUAAUGAGUCCAAAUCUAUGCAGUUCAGGAAGGAAAAUCAACUAUAGUUAAAUGCCUGUUUGACAACUGUGAAAGAUGAAACAUUCACACCAGGAGGCUUUGUGAGCAGUGGUCACGCCUGAAACUUAAACGGAAACUAACACCUUGAGCUGAGUAAAGACCUUCACCAGCUGCAUGUCUUUGUUAUUCAGCUUACAUUUCAUGCAGAUGUGGUGUAUAGGGGGAACACUGGUGUGAGCAGUGGUUAUUUGUACAUCGCAAUUAUAACUGUUACAGCUUAGGACUGGUUACAUUGCUCUCAGUGUACGUAAGGGCAAAGCACAGUCUGAUUUAAUUUCAUAUUAAAUGUGCUGCCUGUGAG